AUGAGCCUUAACAACGUACUGUCCAACCCAGCCUUGAAAGAUCAUAAACAAAUGGAGUUAAAUGAAGAAUGGAACAACUUCAUGAAAAGAAUUGGCGACGUCUCCAAUAUAGUAAAGGAUCUUGCAAGUGGUGACAAAGAGAGGGCUGAGGCAGCGAAAACUCGGGCAGACCAAUAUCUCGAAGGAAAAGUAAUCACUGACGACGGUAUACAAUUAAAAGUGAAGGACGAUCGUACAGUAAUAAAUAAAAAAGCUUUCCAAUAUGUUGAAAACAAAGAUGCGAAUGAAAUCGACAAAGACGCGUGGAUGGCCGAGGUGAGCAAGGACGCUGAAAAACGAGCUCUGGACAGGAAAAUCCGCCGUGAAAAAGCCGACACAUUAAACACUCAAGCUAUAAAAGCCUUCCGUAGGGGCGAAUACGACAGAGCUCUCUCUUGCUACAACCGUGCUAUAGAGCAAGUCAGAGAUAAUCCUAUGCUGUACUGCGAUCGAGCUCUAACUAACAUCAAGUUGGGAAAUUUUCAAAAGGUAUUCGCUGAUUGCGAUUUAGCCUUGCGUCUUAAUGAGAAGAGCUUUAAAGCCCGCUUGUAUAAGGCAAAGGCACAUAAGGAACUGGACGAGAUGGAAGAAAUGGAACAUUACAAAAAGGAAUUAGAGGAAACAUUCCCCCAACACCAGGACCUUAUUGAAUACUUUCUCAAUAAGAAACAGGAAAUUGAGGAGGAUAAUUAAUCAGUAUUCGGUACAAAAUAAUGUCCGUUUCAGAGAUUGUUUUUAAUUAUACUUAGGUAAUUGAUAUUAAAUGGAUUACAGGGCUUUUGUGAAAAUUAGGUAAUUAUACUUAUC